UUGAUCCAAACCGCCAGUGGUCUAUUUCAUCAAUCAUCCACGUGCAUCCACCAGACUUGGUUGGUAGCGUGUUUCCUUUUCGGAACAGGGCAAUAAACGAGGAGCGCGUCCAAUGUUGCGCGGUUUACAAAGAGCGGCUUCGGUGACGGCGAGGAACGCUUGGGCGAACCAUUGUCGUCCGAGCAGUACUCGUGUUGCCUACCCCAAGCACCCUUCCCGAUGCUGUUGUAGUCGUUGGGCGUCAUCCUUGCUGAAUAACGGUAUGGAUGAAAUGGAAAACGACAGCACCUUGGCUGCUCCUCCCGUACACAACGCGUUUGGCGAUAAAAGCACGUCGUUUGAUUGGCAAGAUCCUCUGCAACUCUAUCCUCUCCAAUUAUCGGACGAAGAGCACGCUGUGCAACAAGCGACGGCAGACUUUUGUCAGCACGAGUUACUGCCAGGCAUUGUACAGGCCAAUCGCCACGAACACGUGUUGGACCACGAGAUGAUGCGGCGUAUGGGUGCGGUGGGGAUGCUGGGAUCGACGCUGCCGAGCGCGUACGGCGGUGCCGGCCUGGGGUACGUUUCGUACGGUUUGAUUGCGACGGAAGUGGAGCGUGUCGACUCGGCCUAUCGUUCCGCCAUGUCCGUCCAAUCCUCCCUCGUCAUGUAUCCCAUCUACGCGUACGGCAACGAACGUAUGAAACGAACCUAUCUGCCGGAAUUGGCCAAGGGCAAUUUGAUUGGUUGUUUUGGCCUGACCGAGCCCAAUCACGGUUCAGAUCCGAGCUUGAUGGAAACACGCUCGCGCCGGGACGGCAACGAGGUUGUGUUGAACGGGAGCAAGAACUGGAUUACGAAUUCCCCCAAGGCGGACGUCUUCAUUGUGUGGGCUCGGAACGAGGCGGGAACUAUCAAGGGGUAUUUGGUGGACCGGGGUACACCGGGUUUGGAAACACCGUCCAUCGAAGGCAAGUUUUCGUUACGGGCGUCCGCGACGGGCUAUAUUUUUCUAGACGACGUUCGCGUGCCACUGGAGAACGAAUUAUCCGUGGCGGGCUUGAAGGGACCGUUUUCUUGUUUGAACCACGCCCGGUACGGGAUUGCCUGGGGCGUACUGGGGGCCGCCGAAGCUUGUUUCCACCAAGCCCGGUCCUACACGCUGGAACGCGCCCAGUUCGGUGCCCCCUUGGCGGCGAAUCAGCUGGUACAAAAGAAACUGGCCGAUAUGCUGACGGAGAUUGCGCUGGGCCGCGCUGGGUGUCUCCAAGUCGGUCGAUUGAUGGAAAGCGGUCGGGCGCAACCGGAAAUGAUAUCGUUACUGAAACGGAACAAUUGCGGCAAGGCGUUGGAUAUUGCCCGGGUGGCCCGGGACAUGCUGGGCGGCAACGGCGUGUCGGACGAGUACCACGUGAUUCGGCACGUUCUGAAUCUGGAAGCCGUCAACACGUACGAAGGAACGCACGAUAUUCACGCACUGAUUUUAGGACGGGCCGUGACCGGGAUUCCAGCGUUUGCGCCACCGGCGACGGCGACUCCGUAGAAUGGGGACCAUGCAAAGGGGGGCGUGAUGCGAUAUGGUGUCUUUUUGAUGCGAACUAUGUCGUGGUCACGUACUGUAACCAAUAGUUUUUCGUUGUACACGUU